AUGGGAUUUUCUUGGCCAAACAAAUCGACACCAACAACAGGCUUUCAAUUAGAAAAGGCGGAAGAAGAAUUUCUUGUCAAACGCGUUGCACAUGAAAAAAGCAAUAGAUCAUCAGAUCAUACAGAAGAAGUUAUAGAAACUAGCAAAACCGAAAGUUCAAUAAAGCCUGUUGUUAACGUAAUGUUGGAAACAUCAGAAAAAAUGAGAGAGAUGAAAAAAAAAGAUUUUAUAGAUGGACAAGAAAGGGAGGAAGAAAUGAGUUUCUAUUCCUCAACGGCAGGAACAGUCGAAGCUUAUAAAGGUUUAACCACACAGGAUAGACGAAAUGUAGUUCUACUAAUUAUUCUAUAUUUACUUCAAGGAAUACCAGUUGGGCUAGCGUUUGGAUCAAUACCCUUUCUUCUUAAAUCAAAGUUAACAUAUUCACAAUUAGGAAUAUUUUCCUUGGCUACGUAUCCUUAUUCAUUAAAAUUAUUAUGGUCACCGCUUGUAGAUUCUAUAUAUUCGAAAAGAGUUGGACGUAGAAAAAGUUGGAUAAUACCUAUUCAAUUGAUGACAGGAAGCCUUUUUAUGUGGUUAGGAGACAAUAUUGAUCAUUUGUUUUCAAAGGAUAAACCAGAUGUCUAUGUUCUUACUGCCUUAUUUUUUAUAUUGAUUUUUUUUUCUGCGACGCAAGACGUUGCGGUUGAUGGAUGGGCUUUAACUUUACUAUCAAAAAACAGUUUAUCAUAUGCCUCUACCUCCCAAACUAUUGGGUUAAAUACUGGAUAUUUCUUAUCAUUUACUGUUUUCUUAGCAUUUAAUUCUGCAGAUUUCAGUAACAAGUAUUUUAGAAGUGAACCAAGUGAAGAAGGAAUUUUAGCACUUGGAUCAUACCUUACUUUUUGGUCGUUUGUAUAUUUUGCAGUGACCCUUUGGUUAAUAUUUGCUAAAAGUGAAGAUGCAACAUAUUCAGAUGAUGAAAUGGAUAUUAAAACUGUUUAUCAAACUAUUUGGAAUAUUUGUAAAAUGCCACUACUUUUAACAGCUAAAAUUGGAUUUAUUGCCAAUGAAGCUGUCACAGCAUUAAAAUUAAUGGAAAAAGGAUUUAGUAAAGAAGAUUUAGCAUUGGCAGUAUUGAUUGAUUUUCCAAUACAGAUUUUAGUUGGAUAUUAUGCAGCUAAAUGGAGUAAUGGACCACAACCAUUAAAACCUUGGAUAAAUGCAUUUUAUGGACGUAUAUUUUUUGCAUCUGUAGGUAUGCUGGUAGUGUACGUAUUCCCUGAAAAUAACAAAGUUUCAUCAAGUAUGUUUUAUGUUGUGAUUGCAAGCAUAGUUUUAAGUUCUUUUACAAGUACUGUACAGUUUGUUUGUAUAUCAGCUUUUAUGUCAUCAAUUGCAGAUCCUGUGAUUGGUGGAACAUACAUGACACUUUUGGCAACAUUUAGUAAUUUUGGAGGUACAUGGCCUCGUUUCUUUGUAUUGGAAGCGGUUGAUUAUUUCACAGAUGCUUCAUGUAUAAUUAGAACUUCAACAGAAGAAGAAGAAAAAUCACUAUGUAAAGAGAAAGGUGGUGUCUGUACUGUUCAUCAAGAUGGAUAUUAUAUUGUCUCUAUUAUUUGUGUGUUACUUGGUAUUUUGUCUUUGACAACAUUUAUAAUUCCUACUAUUAAAAAUUUACAAAAGAUUCCUCCAAAAAUGUGGAAAUUAAGAAAAUAA